GUGAUUCAUUUAUCACUCAUUUAUUUACCGCUCAUUGAAUUCUGUACCAGCGGAGAAGUGAUCUAGGCCAGUGCUGCUCUUAUGGUACAUCCAGGAAAGAGGCUCGAACCCUAGACACUCUUGACAGAGAAGUACAGGAACAGCUUCCAAAAGUCAGGAAUGGCCACCAACUGGGGGAGCAUCUUGCAGGAUGAGCAGCAACUGGAAGAGUUGGCACGGCAGGCCAUAGACCGGGCCUUGGCUGAGGGCGUGCUGCUGAGGACCUCGCAGAACUCCAGCUCCUCGGAUGUGGUGACCUACGCCCCGUUCACGCUCUUCCCCUCACUAGUCCCCAGUGCUCUGCUGGAGCAGGCCUAUGCCGUGCAGAUGGACUUCAACCUGCUCGUGGACACUGUCAGCCAGAACUCUGCCUUCCUGGAGCAAACACUGUCUAGCACCAUCAAAAAGGAUGACUAUACCGCUCGUCUCUUUGACAUCUAUAAGCAAGUCCUGAAAGAGGGCAUUGCCCAGACUGUGUUCCUGGGCCUGAAUCGCUCAGACUACAUGUUCCAGUGCAGCACAGAUGGCUCCCAAGCCCUGAAACAGAUUGAAAUCAACACUAUCUCUGCCAGCUUCGGGGGACUGGCCUCCCGGACUCCAGCUGUGCACAGACAUGUUCUCAGUGUCCUAGGUAAGACCGAAGAAGCUGCCAAGAUCCUCUCCAACAAUCCCAGCAAGGGACUGGCCCUGGGGAUCGCCAAAGCCUGGGAGCUAUAUGGCUCAGCCAGUGCUGUGGUGCUAUUGAUUGCUCAAGAGAAGGAAAGGAACAUAUUCGACCAGCGUGCCAUAGAGAAUGAGCUCCUGGACAGGAACAUCCAUGUAAUUCGGCGAAGAUUCGAAGAUGUCUCUGAAAGGGGGUCUCUAGACCAGAACCGAAGGCUGUUUAUGGAAGGCCAGGAAGUUGCUGUGGUUUACUUCCGGGAUGGCUACAUGCCAAGUCAGUAUAAUCCACAGAACUGGGAAGCACGCCUACUGAUGGAGAGGUCAUGUGCUGUCAAGUGCCCAGAUAUUGCCACCCAGCUGGCUGGGACUAAGAAGGUGCAGCAGGAACUGAGCAGGGUGGGCCUGCUGGAGGUGCUGCUCCCUGGCCAGCCUGAGGCUGUGGCUCACCUGCGUGCCACCUUUGCUGGCCUCUAUUCACUGGACAUGGGUGAAGAAGGUGACCAGGCCAUUGCUGAGGCCCUUGCUGCCCCUAGCCGCUUUGUGCUGAAGCCCCAGAGAGAGGGUGGAGGUAACAACCUGUACGGGGAGGAAAUGGUACAAGCUCUGGAGCAGCUGAAGGACACCGAGGAGAGGGCCUCCUACAUCCUCAUGGAGAAGAUUGAACCUGAGCCUUUUGGGAAUUGUCUGCUACGGGCUGGAAGCCCUGCCCAAGUAGUCCAGUGCAUCUCAGAGCUGGGUAUCUUUGGGGUCUAUGUCAGACAGGGAAAGACGCUCGUGAUGAACAAGCACGUGGGGCAUCUGCUUCGAACCAAAGCCAUUGAACACGCAGAUGGAGGCGUGGCAGCAGGAGUGGCAGUCCUGGACAACCCAUACCCUGUGUGAGAGCACAGCCUGGACUCCACUGAAGACGCUCUAUCCCCUGUACUUGUCAUUCCUCUCCUAGCCCUCCUGGGGGGCUGCCCCGUUCCUGCUGUAGGAGAACUUGUCUCUACCAGAGACGUUCAGGAUGUUCAGGGAAGGGAAAUCCCUGCAUACCCUCCCUCAGCUCUCCAUCUGAGGACCAGAAAAGCUGUGUUUCCCUUAGAAGAGAGGACACAUCUUUAGAGUGUGGGAAGCUGCUCUGAGGUAAAGGCCCAUAAACUCUGCAUACCUCCAUUCUCAUUAGCCUUUCCAGCAGGUUCCAGUGCCUGACUAGGGGUAGGACUGAGUGAUAGAAGGAAGGGGGUGGAAGGACAUAGACUUGCCCCCAGCUCUGCCUUAAAUAAAACAAUGCUGAUUCAAUAAUU